GAUCGAUCGGAUCUCGAUCCUAUAAUAAAUAGGCAUAGUAUGUAAUACUGAUUCUAGUCAAGAUGUCCAUCAUAACAAAUAAUAUUGGUAUAGACUUGGUUAUACUUGUAGCUACGAUAGUUUUAUCGGCUACUGUCUAUAUAAAGUAUCGCUACAGUUAUUGGAAAAGACGAGGGAUCGUGCAGUUGACACCUCAAUUUCCUUUUGGGAAUCAUGGUAGUAAACUUCCAAGAGGUUUGUCCAUAGGUGCCAUAACCAAGAGGUUUUAUGAUGAGUUUAGAGAGCAAGGAUUAAAAUUGGGAGGAGUCUAUAUGGGAAUAGACCCAUAUUUAGUAGUAGUUGAUCCAAUAUACGCUAAGGACAUUUUAACAAAAGAUUUUCAAUACUUUACAAACCGAGGAAUAUAUAUUAAUAAGAAGAGCCCUAUUACCGUGCAUAUUUUAUCUCAAGAAGGAGCCGAAUGGAGGGACGCAAGGGCCAAAUUUACGAACAUUUUUACUUCUGCAAAAAUGAGAUUCUUUUUCGAAACUCUAAAAAAAUGCAGCCAAGAUUUACAAUCAAAUUUGAAACAAUUUGUCGAUAAGGAUAAAGAUGUCGAUAUAUUUGAGAUGAUAGCUUGUUAUACCACGGAUAUAAUUGGAGACAUAAUUUAUGGUAUUGAAGCUCAAAGUUUCUCCCAGGAAGGUGCUAUUUUUAGAAAAAUGGGAAGAGAAUUUUUCAAUGUAUUUAGUAUACCCAAUCAAAUUAGCCUCUUUUUGACUAUAUGUUAUCCAAAAGUGGCAAGAAUGCUGGGUGCAAUAAAUAUUCAAAAUCACAUUGGAGAGUUCUUUAUGAAAUUUUUAAAAGAAGCCUUGGAUUAUAGAGUAGCGAAUAAUAUUUCGAGAUCAGAUUUUCUUCAGCUGUUAAUUCAGAUGAAAAAGUCUGGCGUGGAACUUACCGACGAUGAAAUGGCUGCACAGGCAUUUAUCUUCUUCACAGCUGGAUUUGAAACUUCCUCGAUGUCGAGUAGCUUAGCAUUAUUUGAACUUGGUUUACAUCAAGAUGUUCAAGAUAAAGUUCGAAAAGAAAUUAUUGCUGUUUUAAAAAAACAUGAUGAUCAAAUGUCCUACGAUUUAUUAAAGGAGAUGACACUUUUAGACCAAGUUUUUAAUGAGACUGCCAGAAAGUAUCCUGUUUUAAGUACACUGACUAGGGAGUGUGUCAAAGAUUACAAAUUUUCAGACAGCGAUGUUGUUAUCAAAAAGGGUACACCCGUACUUCUUCCGGUUUUAGGAUAUCAACGCGAUGCAGAAUAUUAUCCUGAUCCUUUAAAAUGGGAUAUAAAUAGAUUUCAAGAUAAAAACGAGAAACAUAUUGGAUACUUUCCUUUUGGAGAUGGACCUAGAAAUUGUAUAGGAUCAAGAUUUGGAUUGAUGCAAGUAAAAUUGGCAUUGAUCGCUGUGCUCCGUAAUUUUAAAGUCUUCGUCAGUCCUAAUACCAAAGAGCCGAUUAAAUUUAAUGAACAAACCUUCGUAAUAAAACCUACAGAAAGCGUUUUAUUGAGACUAAAGAGUAUUUAGAAUAAUUAUUAAAUUUACUAAUCUAAAAGUACGAUGUAUUUAACUAAUAAAAAAUUUAUUUUUGGA